UGGUUUCUGUGAGACCCAGGAUAUAUCUUUAGAACUGUCUUCAGCAACGUAACGCGUCGUACAGCAAGACGACUGAGAAGUAUCCUGCCGAAGAUUGAGUCUGGUCCAAUAGAGAACUUCAUAACUGCUGCAAUCUUCAUAGAGAAGCAUAGAAAGUGUCCUGCAGAAGUAUUUUCAGGACUGCUCUUUGAGAUUUUAAAUGUCAGUGAUGUCGAAUGCCACUAUUGAUGGAGUUGACAGCUUUGAUCUACAUGAAUUCUUUGACUACACUGACUACUUCUACUACAGUUAUAACUUCAGUGAAACUGAAACUGUUCUUUGUGCUCCUGAAGACCAUGAGAACAAUCUCCUCUCUGCACUCUAUUGCCUGUUUUUUGUGGUGGGCUUCAUUGGAAAUGCACUGGUGGUGUGGGUCAUCACGGUGGGCACUCAGAUGAAAAGCAUGACCGAUGUGUGCCUUCUGAACCUGGCUCUGGCUGACCUUCUCCUGGUCCUGUCUCUUCCUUUUCUGGCCUAUGAAUUUAACUAUGGCUGGAUAUUUGGUGAAGACAUGUGCUCUCUGGUUCUUGGCAUCUACUUUAUUGGGUUCUAUGGUGGGAUCUUCUUUAUUGUGCUGAUGAGCAUCGACAGGUACUUGGCUGUGGUCCAUGCCAUACUUGCCUUAAGGGUCCGAACUAAGACCCGUGGGAUUGUGGCCAGCCUGGUAAUCUGGGUCUUAGCUGUUGCUGCAUCUUUCCCAGAGCUGUUGCACAUUAGAACCAUGCAGUCUACUAAGGUAACAAGAUGUAAUGCAUAUCCAAGAGAGAUGUUGGUAGCCAUUGCGAGCAUAAAAAUGAACAUUGUGGGUCUGCUGGUUCCACUGAUCAUUGUCGGGUUCUGCUAUUCGAUGAUACUGCGGAAGCUCUACGGCUGUCACUCGUCCAAGAAACACUCCAUGCGCCUUAUUGUCGUGGUCAUGGUGGUCUUCUUCUGCUGCUGGACGCCACAUAACAUUGCAGUAUUCAUAAGAGGCCUGCUAAUAAUGGAUGUAAUACCUAAAAAUUGUUUGUUUCUAAAACAGAUCUUGCUGACUGUAGAGAUCACUGAGGCAGUGGCAGUCUCUCACAGCUGCCUGAAUCCCUUCCUCUACGUGUUUGUUGGAGGGAAGUUUAGGAGGCAUCUUCUCAGGCUCUUCAGAGAACGUCGGUAUAUCUGUUGUAAAUAAAGAGUCACCUGACCCAGACUUCAGGAUUGGUCUAUUCUUAGGGCAUUUUCACACCAGCUAUUAAUGAAAAAAUAUAUAGAUUAGGAUUAAGUGCCUCUCUAAGAGAAGAAUAAGUGGAAAAAACACAUAUUUUGGCAAUAUGUCAAACACUAUAUUGCUAAAAGAAUUUGUUCACCCAUACAAAUAAUUCAGACUGGAAUGUCAGAAUGAUGAAUAAUAAAGUCAGACUGGAACUCAAUGUCAAGUAACUCGAACUGUUCCAGCAACUCCUUUAACUUAAAAAGAGCCUUAGCCAACUACAGGCAGUUUACGGCACUCAAUAACUCAAAAAAAAACAAAAAAAAAACAAACAAUUUGAUCUCCUUCUUAAUUGAUUUAUUGAAGAAUUUAUUGACAUUAGGUUUAUGGGGUUUAUGAUUAGGUUAAAAUACCUUAAUAGUAAAAUAGUAAAGUAUUCUGUUUUCAUUUGAUCAAUGAUAUUCCCUAUUUUUACUAGUUUACUUUUGUGUAUGCUUUUAAUGUUCAUUCAUUUCAUUCAUUCAACUAUUUUAUUUUAAUUAC